AUGGAAGAAUCAUCUCAAGGACAUAAGCAAGUGGAGAAGACUUUCACACCUCCCUUGCCAUACCCUCAAAAGUUCAACAAGGAAACCAAGGAUCAACACUUCCCCAAAUUCCUUGAAGUUUUUAAGAAAUUGGAAAUUAACAUCCCCCUGGCCGAUGCAUUAGAGCAGAUGCCUCUAUAUGCUAAAUUCUUGAAAGAACUUAUCAAUAAAAAGAGAAGUUGGCAUGAGAAGGAAACAGUGCUUCUCACUGAAGAAUGCAGUGCUGUGAUUCAAAGGGGUAUUCCACCAAAGCUUAAAGAUCCAGGGAGUUUUGUAGUUUCAUGUACCAUAGGCAAGAUGACAUUAGACAAAGCUCUCUGUGAUCUUGGUGCUAGUAUCAAUUUGAUGCCCCUCUCAAUGAUGAGAAAGCUUGCCAUAGAAGAACUCAAACCUACUAGGAUGUCAUUGGUAAUGGCCGAUAGAUCAAUCAAGACACCCAAUGGCAUUGUGAAAAAUCUAUUGGUGAAGGUUGGAGAGUUUAUCUUCCCUGCAGAUUUUGUGAUUUUGGACACAGAAGUGGAAGAAAAUAAUUCAAUCAUUUUGGUAAGACCGUUUCUAGCCACAGCAAGAGCUAUUAUUGAUGUGGAGAAGGGAGAAAUGAUCUUCAGGGUGCACAAUGAGCAAAUGGUCAUCAAUGUUUUCAAAGCAAUGCAACACCCCCCUGAGCAAGAAGAUUACAUGAGAGUAGAUAUGAUAGAAAGUUUGAUGGAAGAAAUGUUGGAAGCCAAUCAUCAUGAGCAACAAAAAGAAGAAGGGGAAGAAGAUCAGGAGGCUUGGUGCACAACAAAUUGGAGGGCCAAAAGCAAGGUGGAGCACUCAGUUAGAUUAAUUAACUGA